AUGUCAUCCACCGCCGCUCCUGCUGCUGCCCCACUACACCCUCUGCCGCCAUUUACAUCGGCCACGGCGCACACCAAAGUCAAGGCCGCGCAGGACAAGUGGAACACGUGCGACCCAGCCCUCGUUGCACCGGCAUACACCGAGGACAGCGUGUGGCGCAACCGCGACGACUUCAUCAAGGGUCGCGACGAGAUUAAGCAGUUCUUGACGCGCAAAUGGGCCAAGGAGAAGAACUAUCGGUUGAGGAAGGAGCUGUUUGCGUUUACAGACAACAAGAUCGCAGUCGAGUUCUGGUACGAGUACUCUGAGACCGAGGACCCGAGCUCGCAGUGGUACCGGACGUACGGUCUCGAGCACUGGGUGUUCGCCGAAGACGGCCGCAUGAAGAGUCGCCAGAUGAGCGGCAAUACCAUCCCCAUCGCCGCCACCGAGCGCUGGUUCAAGGACGGCGUCGACGUGAAUGACGGCGAUGUGCCGCCAGGCCACAUCUCGCUCAAGGAGUGA